CAUAUGUUUUCAUAUUAGGUGCAUUGUGCAGCCACCUACUGCCAGUACUCCCUAUCAGCGACCUCAGUAUUCAUAGAGAGCAGACUGGAGCACUCCGCGAAACUCAGACUUUGAAUGUGGUCAGGUGAUUGGGUGUCAUGAAUGUCAUAUGUCUGUACGCGAGAUUUCCACAAUCCUAAACAACUCUAGGUCCGCUAUUUCCAAUGUGAUAGUGAAGUGGAAAAGUGAAGGGACACACAGCACAAAACCGUACAGGCCGACCUCAUCUGUUGACUGACACGGACCGUCUACAGUUGAAGAGGGCCGUGACGUGUAAUAGGCACACAUCUAUCCAGACCAUCAAACAGGAAUUGCAAACUGCAUCAGGAUCCACUACAAGUACUAUGAUAGUUAGGCGGGAGGUGAGGAAACUUGUAUUUCAUGGUUGAGUGGCUGCUCAUAAGCCACACAUCCAGUAAAUUCCAAAUAACGCCUCGCUUCGUGUAAGGAGCAUAAACAUUGAACGAUUGAACAGUCGAAAAACGUUGUGUGGAGUGACUAAUCACGGUACACAAUGUGGCGAUUCGAUGGCAGGGUGUGGGUAUGGCGAAUGCCUGGUGAAUGUCAUCUGCCAGCGUGUGUAGUGCCAACAGAAAUAUUCGGAGGCAAUGGUGCUAUUGUGUGGUUGUGUUUUUCAUGGAGGGGGCUUGCCCUUGUUGUUUUGUGUGGCACUAUCACAGCGCAGCCCUACAUUGAUGUUUUAAGCAACUUCUUGGUUCACAUUGUUGAAGAGCAAUUCAAGGAUGGUGACUGUAUCUUUCAACAUGAUCGAGUACCUGUUCGUAAUGCACAGCCUAUGUUGGAGUGGUUACUCGACAAUAACAUCCCUGUAAUGGACUGGCCUGCACAGAGUCCCGACCUGAAUCCUAUAGCACACCUGUGGGAUGUUUUGGAAUGCCGACUUUGUGCCAGGCCUCACCGACAGACAUUGAUACCUCUCCUCAGUGCAGCACUCCGUGAAGAAUGGGCUGCCAUUCUGCAAAAAACCUUCCAGCACCUGAUUGAACGUAUGCCUGCAAGAGUGGAAGCUGUCAUCAAGGCUAAGGGUGGGCCAACACCAUAUUGAAUUCCAGCAUUACCGAUGGAGGGCGCCACGAACUUUUGCAGGAAACUAUGCAAUUACCUUAUUGUCAGCCAUAGAGGCUUACACAAAGCAACAAGAAACACUUUGAUACUGUUUUACUUGCUUCUUCCUCGUGCAAGACAAGGAACAACUGCAAAUGUGGGAUUUCAGAAAUUGAAGUAGAAUGUGGUCCACCUUUAUGUGAUCAUCAGCCUUUUAGGUGCAAAAGAAGGGUGUAGAACCUGAGGCUAUGGAAGUUGUACUGAAAUUUAUACAAACUAAUGAAAUUCCAUCUGAAAUUUUAAACUCGGAUAUGAUACUGUCAGUGCUUCAAGCCUCAAGUAUGCUGCAAUUUGAAGAUUUAAAAAAGACAUGUGUAAGACUGAUUGCUCAAGAAUGGUUAACAGUUGAAACUUGUUUACAAACAAUGCACAAAACAUUUGAGCUUGAUAUAAUUGAAUUAUACAAGAAAGCUAAAGCUUUUGCUUUAUGGGAGUUCUUCAAAGUGAAACUGUCACCAUCAUUUACUCAGCUUACGAUAGAACAGUUGGAAGACUAUUUAUCAAAUGAUGGUUUAAAUGUAAGAGAAGGAGAAUUUGAAGUUUUCGAGGCAGGAAUGAACUGGCUACAAGAGAAUCCAGAAAGAGCAGAAUAUACAUGCAGAGUUCUACAGUGUGUUAGGUUCUCACAGUUGAGUGGUUCAGACAUAAAGACUAUGCUCCUGUAUCCCAUAAGUUCUGCAGGGAACAAACUAUUGAGAUUAAUUUUGCACUUGAAAGAGGCAUGUGGACACUCAUCAGAUGAAGAAGCAGAAACUUCUGCUGUACCUGAUUUAUCAUAUGAAGAUGAUAAACUUUCUGCUUCUGUAACUCAUUCCCAGAUCUCACAACCUUGUUCAAAAAUGAAUUCUCUGGAGUGUCAGAGUAUAUGCUGUUGUCUGAAACCAAUUGUACACACAUCAGAUGGAAAUUUUGAAAAAAGAGCAUCAAAUGAAGAUCUUGUGAAAAGUGUUAGUGAAUUCAUUGAAGGGGAGAAGAAUGCUGAUGAUUUGGUUUCAGAAGAUUUAAACCCUGAAAUGAAGGAAAUUGCUGCUCAGUUGGUGAAUACUCCAGCCAGAUUUAUACCUCUUGUCCCAUGUAUUGUUGGACAUCGAGUGGUACAUGAAAACAGAAAUCCUAUUAAAAGAAUAUAUGUUAUAUACUUUGAAGGGAGAAAGUUAAUGCAACCAAUGCCACUUCUGCACUUGUCAAAAAUCAAUGAGGGUGUACAUGAACCAGUUGGGUAUCAAGUUAUCAGCAGAGGAAGGGAGCUUUUCAUCAUUGGGGGUGAAUAUUUUAUGGGGCAUGCCAACUGGAACAAGUCUAUCUGGAAAUAUGAUAUAUUCAAAGAAGACUGGACAUAUGAAACAAGUUUACCAUCACCUAGAAGACAUCAUGCUGUGUGUUGUCUCAAUGAUGAAAUUUAUGUUAUUGGAGGUUUUGGGCGACAUAGAUUAAUAACAGCAUCUGUCACAAAAUACAAUGUUGUCACUAGAUCAUGGAUCGAGUGUUCAUCUCUUCCUCAGAAUAUGUACUCCGUGGCAUGCUGUGUUUAUCAAGGGUACAUUUUUGUGUUUGGUAUUGAAGUAUAUAUAUAUCACGUUGGAUCUGAUGUGUGGCACACAUUCAGAGAACCUCCAAUAACAAACAACAUGGCAUUCAAUAGUGCAAUGCCAUAUGAAGAAAGUAUAUAUCUUACAGGUGCCUAUUCAUGUGACCUGAUAAAAUUUUCACCAUACAUUACAACAUCGGAGACAAGUGCAGAACAUGAAACUGUUGGAGCAUUUUAUAAUCAGCCUUCGGGAGCAUGCUUGAUCCAUGAUAAAAUAUAUGCUUUUUCAACUGAUGAAAGUGGACAUAUGUCUGUUGAAUUAUACGACAUCAAGAAGAAAUGUUUUCAGACAGUGUGGGAAGGCUGCGAAAAUGAAAUAUAUGGAAUUGUGGAUUUUAAUCCAAAAAGUAAUGUUGGUUGUUUCCCUAUGUGCCUGUAUUAAUGGCUGUGUUUCCACAUUUUAGGAGUCAUCACAAACAAGAUGGUGUGACCACAAAUAACUUGACUGAUGCACACGUUAAAUAUGUGCCUGUCACUCACACAAAAAGAAAUUUUCAAAGUGAUAAUGUUAUAUCUGUUAUACACUUUAUUGCUUGAGCUGUGUUCUGUAAGUUGGGUGAUGUGAUAUUUGUUUAGCAUUCAUAAUGUUUACUGCAGGGUCAUGGAAACAAUGUACCAUGGAGCAUUUUUACCUGGUUCUUUCUUCUACAUCAGUUAUGUUUAUGUGCUGCUUAGUGGUUGGUGUAUUACUGAUAUAGUUGCUAAUAAAGAGUC